AUGGCCGGCGCGUGCGCCAUUGCGCUCCUGCUGGCGGUGUGUACUUCGGCCAACCAGACUGAGAACUUGGUCGGAGCUUACGAACAACUGGGCGGGCUGGAGCUUAGUGAGAUUGGCUCCGUUAGCCCACAGCAGCUCUGCGAGAAGCUGUGUGGCGAGUGCCAAUGCAGCGGACAGCUGAUGAGCGAAAACGUGUGCCAAUGCAGCUGCGAGUUUCCACCAGAAAGCAUAGGAGGCAUUAAUUGCACUGCGAAAGUGAAACAGCUAUGCCACCACAUGGACGUGCAGUGUGACUUCCAAGGACCUGUUGUUGACAACAAUCGAGUCCCACGUGGUUGCCAUUCGAUGUCCUGUUAUGAGAAGCAUCACGGUUACGACCACGGAGCAGGCUACGGCGGGUAUUACGAUGGUGAUGGUGAGGAUUACGGGCACGAGGACGAAGGUUAUGGACACGGUGGAAAAGAGCUGAUCUGCUGCAAAGGAAAGAAGCACAAGGAGAAGAAACACAAGCACAAGAAGCACAAGAAGUUCCACGACAAGCACAUGAAGUUCCACGUGGUGAUCAAAGGAAAGCUUCCCGAACCAUCCUGUCACGGAGGUGGUCACUACGAAGGAUACGAUGAUCCUGAAGGAUACCGUGCGGCCAUACCGGAGGGUAACAAGCACAAGUUUGGAAACGCCGCUCCGAUGGAUGUGUCCGUGUGGACGAAUCGUAAUAAGAACGCAAAAAAGCAUCCCUUCCGAAGACCUCCUCCGACGCACUACCAGCAGCACCGACCCUAUCACGGCUCUGCCUAUCCACCACCGUAUCCUAGACCGGAUUCGAAAGCCAAAUCAGCAGAACCACCACUUCCGGUUUCGUCGGACCCUUCACAAGAACCGAUGGAACCUUCCCACGAUCCACAGUCGCCACCACCGAUGCCUCCACCGGAACCAGAAGCACCUCCUAUGACGCCCUUUCCGGAACACCCACUAACACCACCACCGAACCUGUUCGAUGGCGCUCCAGUAGGUCCUGUGAGUCCUGCGCAUAGUUCAAACGCAGAGCCAGCACCUGCGCCGCCAUCUCCACCGGCACCUCCUCCACCACCACCACCACCACCACCACCACCACCACCAGCACCUUCACGACCAGCACCUCCACCGCCACCACCACCCAUGAUCACCGUGGAUCCUCCACCAAAGCGUUUCGAGUCCUCGCGCAGCUUCUCCGAACCGAGCUAUUCUAGCUGUCAGUUUGACAGCUACGACUUCAAUUACUACCCUGCUUCUUCGUCGUACUAUAAAUCACCACCACCACCCCCACCACCACCACCACCACCACCGUCGCCACCAUCACAUUACCGAUCGUACUCCCCUCCCGCUCCACCGUCGUACGAUCCGUCCUACCCGUCCUAUUCGCCCAGUUAUUAUCAUCCUUAUAACGAAUACGAUACACCCAAACACUACUCCGCCUUCGAAGCACCUUCUGAAUACAGCACGUAUGAUGACAGACAAGUGGAUGGUGGUGAAAACUACGGUGGCCACGGUGUUCACGCGUUGUCCGAUGGUGAAGUCGAGGAUUGGCCUGAGUACCCGGUACCGCGGUAUCCUGCCGAAACGCUCGAGUUCAAUCAGAUCGUCAGCCGACAAAUAUGGGAGAACGAACAGGCUCUUCGCUAUACGGCCAAGCCGUUCCAGCCAACAUCGCGACCUCUGCGGCACGAUUUCGAACCACCAUCGGCGGAAACCGGUCCAGUGUUGUUCGACUCGUUCGGACCUUCUGACAAGAACUACGAGAUGUAUCCCGUUCCAACGCCAUCACCAUACGGGUUCAUCCCUCCGGUUCCACCACCGAUGAGCCCGGUAGAGUUCCCCAAUCCGGGAAAUGGUCCAGUUACUUUCCCACCCAACUCAGAGGAGGCGCUCUAUCCGCAGCCAACUCCGCCUCCACAGUAUCUGCUGACCAAGGAGAAAGGUAGCUUGGAUUCGUUCGGGUUUGAACAGCAGCAGAUGAGACCACCGCCAGCGUCAUACAUGCCAUUUGGUCGAAGCACAUCACAUGAUAGCCAGGGAGUUAGCCGGCAGCGAUCUUGGUCUAAUCAAGGAAGAUCGCAGUUUGACGGAAGACACCAUUGA